UAGUAAUAUUCAAACUGGUUAAUAUAUUAUAUUCUUCAGCGGCAUACGAUCCGCGCGUUACAUUUUGUGUGCGCCAAGAUUAAAUAACUUAUGCUCUACGAGACUAGCCGCAGUGUUCCUACGAUAGCGACCACACGUGCAUCGCAAUGAUAUAGUUUAAGACAAUUAUUACAUCAAACUGUUUAAUAUAAUAUAGCGAUAUUUAUAUUGUACAAACGUUUCAAACUACUUUUAGAUUGGACAUCAAAUAUUAGUGUACUGUUCUAUUGUUUUAAUUACCAGCUACUCGAUAAAACGCUGUUCAAUUGAUCGAGCAAUAUUGGAAUAUUAUCACGAACGGUCUUAUCAACAUUUUUCCGAAGACUGUAUUCCAUGAGACUUAAAACAUCAACGUUCAAAACAUGUUGCGUCUAUCAGUAUAAAAUAUAUUACAUACUUAUAUAAUAUAUAUGAGAAGAUCAAUAUGGAUAGAAAGAAGUUCAGAGAAAAUGAUAGACUUAUCGGAACAACCAAGGAGGAGGAGGCAAAGUCUGGUCACCGACAACUGUUGGCGUGCUUUCUAGCCUCGUUGAUGUCGCUGUCGGCGGGCACAGUCAUCGCGGGAUGGUCUCCGACCGAAGGAAAUUCCAAAGAGGAAGAUUUGAAGAUGUGGUCUACCGAACAGGAAUCGUGGAUCAUAUCGAUUUACGUGGUCGGCGCACUGAUUGGAGCAUUACCUGCCGGCUUUUUGGGUCAAAAGUAUGGUCGCAAGACACUACUGCUCUGGCUGGCCGCCCCCAUGAUUGCCGGAUGGAUAUUAUGUCUGUUGCGGUUGGAGAGCUUGUUCCUGGAGUGCUUGGGACGGUUCGUCUGUGGGAUAUCGGUGGGCGCGACCACCGUGGCCGUGCCGCUUUACGCCCGGGAAGUGUCGUCGGACGUGUUGCGUGGCCGCACAGGGGUGUUUCUGGACUUUAUGCUGUGUGUCGGCAUACUGUACGCUUACGUGGCCAGGACGGUGUUGGACGGAGUGCGACAGUUCUGUCUGGCGUGUGCCGUCGUGCCGGUAACGUUUGUCGUGCUGUUCGCGUACGUGCCCGAGUCGCCUGUCCACCUGUACAGUGUCGGCCAGUAUGAACAAGCGGCAUCGGCGCUGAGAUGGUUAAGGGGUAGGUGGUUCAACGUUAAAAAAGAAUUCGAUCAAAUAGAGACAUCCAAAUGCCUCGACGAUGAGUUAUUUGACCGUGUUAGAAAGAUGAGUGACUUAAACAAGAAAUUCUUGGCGAAGGUGACGAUAAUUUCUUUCGGCCUGGUGCUCGUACAGCGAAUGUCCGGCGCUGGGGGUGUGAUCCAAUACUCGUCCACAUUAUUCAAAAUGUCCGGAUCCACCAUCGAGCCUAACACAGCGUGCAUCAUAGUCGGCACAUUCCAACUGGUCGCUUCCGGGGUAUCGUUCUUGUUGGUCGACAAGGUCGGACGGAGGACUCUGCUGUUGACCUCGUCCGCGGUGAUUACCACAUGUCUCAGCCUCUUGGUUGUUUACUUCAGUCUUAUAGAAAAAGAAACCCAAAUAGAAUCACCAUGGAGGAUAUCCCUGCUGUUCAUCCUGUGUGUGUUCAUAUCCGCCUUCCGGUUGGGCCUGGGACCAAUUCCAUGGUUCAUAAGCACCGAACUGUCGCCGGCCUCGUACGGCAGCCGCAUACAGUCCAUGGCCGCGUGCUUUUCCUGGUCCCUGUCGUUCGUCAUCAUGAAAACGUUUAAGAUCUUCGUCGAGGCGAACCCCGUGUUGUUGUGGUUUACGUUCGCUGCGAUCUCGGCCGCCGGGUUCCUGUUCGUGUUAUUCUACGUGCCCGAGACCAACAACAAGAGCCGCGAACAGAUCCACAUCGAACUGAUCGGUUAGGUCGACCUAACCUAACCUAACCUGUAGUGUUGACCACAUCCGGCGUCGGACUAUAUGUUAUACAUUUCGCAUCGCGUGCCACCACUACGAAAGCGUGAUCUCUAUGACAGCACAGCGAUCUGAAACCGUUAGGGUCGGACUCAUGGUAAACCCGGGUAGCAAACAUAUUCUCACGAUCUUCGGCGUAACUGUAUAGUGGUGAGCUUGCAGGAUGGACGUGCCCCGAUGAAAAAUCGUUCCUCAAUGACCUGAACCGUUGUUCGGGAAUAUAUAUUAUAUUAUAGGUACUUACCGUAUCCUGCAGGCUGCAACCUUUAAUGUUCUUGAUCAAAGUAUGACUAGUGGAAGUCUAUGUGCUGUAAGAGGAUAUGCUUAUAUAGUAAUUAGGUAUAUUAAUAUUUUGUAUCGAAUGGGCUGAGAUAUGUGCUUUUUACCAUUUUUAUGUUUUAACGGUCCCGGACCACACCGUUCACUCUGUAUAUUAAGCAUAAAAUUAUUAUUAAAAAUUAUUUAUUUAGUGCACUCUAUAUAUUUAUGAUUUAUGUAUACGUGCGUUUUAAUAUGAUAGUCUAUUUUAAUAAGUAAUUAUAAUUUUCACGGGAUUGUGAAAUUCAAAACAAUGUUAUCGUUAUCAAGAAUAAGUAUUAAUCUUAAAAAAUAUUGUGAUAAAAUAUAGACUUAUUUACAAAUAUUAAAUUAUAUUUUGUUUUUGUGAUUCAAAACCGCAACUGACCGCGAAAAUGAUUAGCCUCUGUAUAAUAAUAAAUUGUAUGGCAUAAUUAUAAUAUUUAUACAUACCAACUAUAAUCUAUAUAUAGCUAUUUAUACUUGUAAAAAUGAUCAAUACGAUGACUAUGAUGCACAUAGUUCUAAUAACUAAUAAAUUCUUAUAUAAAUA